AUGAGCCGUUUAGCCUCUUUUCGAGGUCCAUCUACACCCACAGCGUCCCCGGCACGACAAACGACCCCAUCAUCACCGUCGCGUCUGACAGAAUCCACAUUUCACCGAAAAACGAGGUCUAUAUUACUCGAGCUUCGGUCUAUCACAGAAACUUGGGAUGAUCUCAUUCUUAUUGAUGGCUUGAAAGCCAUAAGGAGUCUUGUCGAUCUUCGUACAGACCUACAGAAUGCACUCGCUAUCAUCCCAGAUCGGAUGCCUCGCACCCAUUUGGUGGUCCCUAAACUAACUCUGAUGGAAAAACGAAUAGCAGAGUUGGAUUCGAUCCUCAUAAAACUGCAAAAGCAGUUUAGAAAGAUGAAUUCGACUAUAGACAAUCUGGAGGCAGUUCUUUACGAAGCUCACAAGGCGAAAGGUUGGGAAUGGGUCCAGACUGAGCCGCUAUGGGUUACAUGGCCUCUGGAAAAAUUUGUGGUCUCCAUCCCCAGUAUCUUACCAGCCUACCACCGGUCACUGAACCUCAACAUCGAAUUGGUUAACCUGCUCCGUAGUCACUCUGUGUCUUUCGAUGAAUCUCGCGCCGCUGUCUCAAGGUGGGUCGAGCAACCAUUUUUGGAAGAUUCCGGCUGGCAGGCCGAAUGGGAGGAUAUAUGCGUUGUGGAAGUGGAACGCUGGGAGAAGGAUUGA